AUGCUGUUUUUAAAAGAUCAAUUCACAGGUAGAAAAUUACAGAGCAGUAUUUUGGAGCCGGAAGUAAACGCUCAAUCUGGAAACGAUGAUGAAGAACCUGAUGAUUUACCGGAAGAUGAUUUUGUUGUCGAAACUACUGAAAAUGCCGCCGUCGAUCAAAAUGCAGCACGGAAUGUAGAAUUUAAAAAAAACAUUGAGUCUCCCCAGUUUGUCUCCCCUCAAAGCAAACGUAUAAAAAGUGUAAAACCUAAUACCAAAUCUAAUGCAAUUCAACAACUUGUGAUGAUCGAGCAGGAUAAGUUAAAAUAG